AUGAUAAAGAAAAAAUGUACUUUGCUGCUAAUGAUAAUGUUGGAUCUGCUUUUCAUGGCUGUAGAUGGACUACGAGUGAAAGGCAAGUGGGAUACGGCUGCAGAACGUGUGAGGAUCGUCACCAAAUUUGGAUUCCAACAAACUAGUGCUUUGGAUCGCGAAAACACUCGCGGUUUUGUUUUCGGUAAUGUGACAGCCGUGGGUGCUACCAACACAACAGAGACUGAUGCGUGA